GAGAAAGAUAAUAAAUCAGAUAGAAGCAAACAAACAGUAGAGAAGGAGAGAAAACCACAGGGGAAAGCAGAGCACUCUUCUCUUUCCUCUACACUCUGUGAUGAAGAAAUUAAAUUAAAAUAUAUAUAAAAAAAAAACCUAGAUUUCUCCGCCUCUCUCCUUUCUCUGAUGAUAAGAAAGUCCGAGACUUUGAGAAUCUGAGCUUAAUCUCCCAGGGGAAAUCGAUUCGAGUUAUGUACAAGGACCGUAGUGGAGGAAUAAUGGGUGGUGGUGGAUCGUCGAGAUCGGAGAUCCUCGGUGGAGCUAUUGAUCGGAAACGGAUCAAUGAUGCUUUAGACAAACAUCUGAAGAAAUCUUCACCUUCCACAUCUAAGGUUUUCACUUCUAAAGAUAAAGAUUCCUUCCCUUCGACCUCCACUGCUAAAUCUCAGCUUCCCGAUCAUCGCCAUUCUCGCUCACCCGAAGUUGAAUCUGAAACGGAUAGUGAAGGAUCAGAUGUGAGUGGCUCAGAAGGUGAUGAUACAUCGUGGAUCUCGUGGUUCUGUAAUUUGAGAGGGAACGAGUUUUUCUGCGAAGUAGAUGAAGAUUACAUACAAGACGAUUUCAAUCUCUGUGGGUUGAGUGGUCAAGUUCCUUACUAUGAUUAUGCACUUGACCUCAUAUUAGAUAUUGAAUCAUCAAACGGUGAUAUGUUUACUGAAGAACAGAAUGAGAUGGUGGAAUCAGCUGCUGAGAUGUUGUAUGGUCUUAUUCAUGUUCGUUACAUUCUCACUACUAAAGGAAUGGCUGCUAUGAUGGAGAAGUACAAGAACUAUGACUUCGGGAGAUGCCCGAGAGUUUUCUGUUGCGGGCAGUCUUGUCUUCCGGUCGGACAAUCUGACAUCCCGAGGUCGAGCACGGUGAAGAUAUACUGCCCAAAAUGCGAGGAUAUUUACUACCCGCGAUCUAAAUUCCAAGGCAACAUUGAUGGAGCUUACUUUGGGACUACCUUCCCACAUUUGUUUCUCAUGGCCUAUGGGAACAUUAAACCGCAGAAGCCGACUCAAAACUACGUUCCUAAAAUCUUUGGCUUUAAGGUACACAAAAAGCAAUGAUUCUCUCUCUCAGGUCUCUCCUCUCACCAGUCCAGUGAGUUUGAAACACAAAUCUCGGUGGCUCAAUCCUUCUUGCUGAUGGUCGGGGGCUUUACAACGGAUCAUACUAAAUUGUAGUUGGAGGAUUGAGAAGAGCGUAUAUGAACAAAAAGGUUGAGUUAUAUGUAUGUAAUCUCGGAAGUUGUCAGAAGAAACUGAUCUAUGUAGAAACGUUCUUUUGGUGGGUUGGGAGAGAAACGGGAAAAAAACAUGGGUCUUAGAAAAUUCUUUACCUGUGGAGGGAUUCAAUUAAAAUCAGUUACAGAUAUAGUUUGGAUUUUGCUUUUAACUGUUGUGUAUAAUAAGCUGAGAAUUUAUGUGCUUUUUUUCAUCUGAGAUUUUUCCUUGUUAUCUUGAGUUUCUUGUGAUCUACGAAACUAAGCCACACCAUUUAUUCAAUCGCUGG